AGUUUAAAAAUUCACAAUUAAGAUGAAUGUUAUCGUUUUAACUUCCUCUUUUGAUAUCUUUUCUUAUGUUUAAUUACGAUUCAGAUAUUGAAAAAAAUGAAGGACUUUUCUAUUGUGGUAUUUAUCGCUUUGGUAAAAGGUUUUGUUAUAGCCGUGCAAGAUUUUUCCUUUGGCAUUUCCUGUAUAAUGAAACCUUUAUCAUGGCAAGAGGCAGUUAAUAAUUGUAUAAAUGCUGGUGGAAAACUAGUUUCCUUUGAGACGGGGUUAGGUAGUGACUUGGAUAAACUAAAUCUUAAAAGUGACACGGAUGUUUGGAUUGCCAAUUAUCUACAGAAAUCAAAUGAAGGGAGAGACUUUUGUGGAUUUAACUACCUGAACAGAUCCUACUCUUAUAGCGCAGAAGUGUUUUAUGGAUAUUGUGACACAAACAGAAACUAUUUUUGCAAAACUAAAACAGCAACAGGACAUACGCUUGCGGUAUAUAACAGUACACGAGCAAAUGUCAGCUGCAACAAGACUGUCUCGCCGAACGAUCUGUUUAUGAAUAGCUUUCAGAUAAAACCAGGAUUCUACUGGUCUACACGGACGAUUAAGGCAGUCGAGAAGGAAGGAACAGUGCAAAUAAGCAAUACAAACGAGCACUAUUGUGGAGCUUACAAAAGUGCUACCGGCAAAUAUUUUGCUAAAUGUUCAGGAAAACGAUUAUCUCUAUGUGGCAAUUUCGAGCCAAGCACUUCUUCAUGGAUAGGGAAAAUCAAUACUCAAUGUUUCGAUGUUUUCAAAGAACAAUCAACUCCAAAUGCAAAACAGCCUACAUUUGAAAGUAAAGUUGCAUUUGUCAGUAACAAGAAGCCGGUAACAAGUGAUUCAAACAUGUUUGCAAGUUCGUCAUGGAAAGCACAUAUUACGACAUCGUCUGCAACCGAAAGUGAAAUAGAUAAGAUGUCGAUCCAGGGAGGCGAAGAAAAAGAAGAAACUUCAGACAUCGGUGUCACAAUCGGUAUACCAAUAGGAAUAGUGUUGCUUCUGAUGUGUGGGGUUUUGAUUAUUCUUUAUAUUAACAGAAGAAGGGUUAAAUGUUGGCAGUCUAGCAAUUCAAAACAUGAAAAUGAACGUAUGAAUCAGUUUCACAUUCAAGGAACUUCACCAACUCACGGUCAGCUCAACGUUUACUCUGAAAGUAUUCAACAAACAUCAUCAUCUGACUACCGAACAAAUGAAAAUAAUUUCACAGAUGAUAGUGCACAAUAUGCUAUUGUCACAAAACCUAAAAAGGACGACACAAAAUCCAGAAAUGAUAAUUACUCAAAUAAAUCGUAUCAAAAUGCAACGAAUGAUGAAUAUGAUGUUGCAGGUACAUUUCAAAAUAGUAGAUGUAAUCAGUCGGACAAUCUAUAUAACCAUUCUGAAAGCGCAGACGAGUACAAUUCGACACCUUUCGUAAGGGAAGAAGAAGGGUGUAACAAUUUGUACAACACAACAGAAGAUCGCAAUCCCGUUGAAUCUACAUAUGACUUCACAACAGAGGUGAAUAACAGAGCAUUGCCUGAUGACGUUUACAAUCAUUUAUCUUAAGAUGACAACUACUAUAAUUCUUGGUCAAAUACUAAAAAAAAUAAAAGGACAUGUUACAGAAAUUUAUUGCCCAUUACCAUUGCCUGUCAAAUACUAGUUUUUUUUUAUGAUUUACAUACUCGUAUAGUUCAUGUUGCCGCUCUGGUGCUUUGUCCCAGUGUUU